UCAACUAUAGGCUGCACAGCCAAACGUUAUUGCUUUGCUUGCAUGCUUUAUACAGUGCAACAUGAGCAUUAAAACAAAUGGAUACAAAAAAAUGAUGGGUUAUAUUUAUUUAAUAUAUUGAACUGUUAUUACAAUUAUAUAAAUAAUUUGUGUGUAUGCAUGCAAGUGUUUCCUUGGAGCAUGCAUUGUUAUCAGUGAGGGUCUAUGGGCUGCUGCAGAUGUGUUGUGGGUGCUCACACACAACAAACAACAUCCUAAAGCAGACUGCACUACUGACCUAUUUCCUUAAAUCAAAUGCAGACAGGAAGGAGACCUCGCCAAAAACCAAAACAAAAACACGGAGCCACUCAGAGAGCUAUCUCAGAAAUGCAUUGGGAUAUACUAAAGUUUAUGAUAGCAACCACUAUACCAGCUGCUAAAAUGCAUCCUUCUACAGCAGACAGGCAAUCAGACAGGCGCACCGACGCAUCCACGCGACUGCAACAGUGUCCAAGCGCCACCUUCAGUAUCCAACCUGAGGGAGGGGGAAAAAAAGCAAAUAAUCACAUAGCCUACAUCUUUUCCUCCAAACACAUCUGCAAAGAGUGUCUGCCAGUCUGGAGAAUACCCCCUCUUCUUACGUGUUUUCUUCCUUCGUGUUUAAAAUAAGGGAAUAGACCUUAUUGUCUUAUGUGCGCUUUGGUGCGUGAUGUGCGUCUCAGGAGCGCAUGGUGCUAACUGUGUGUUUAAUAUGCCUGUCUCGCCCGGCGUGUUGUCCCAGACACUGUGUACCACAAAUCCCCACCUCCCCUCCAACGAGAGCUCGGGAGGGAGGAAUAAAAGGGUUAAGGGGAGUCUUGGAUGGAGUCUGCUGGGCGGAGCGCAAGAGACCUGAUUGGAUGGCGGCCCGUGACGCAGGGGACGUGAAAAAGCUGAUAACUAGUUAAGAAGGCAGUUUGUAAGUCUGGAAAAAGAGUGCAGAGCUUGAGACUAUACAACGCGCAGUGGACGUGGACGAACCGGCGCAAACACAGAGCUCAGCCUUCUUGGCAGAGUGCAGAAGGGCUGACAGACAACGGCAGCGUCCGGACACAAAGUGACUUUAAAACGGAGGGCGAUGGUGCAGCACACAGACAACAGCGAGACGGACGGGAGCAUGUCCAGGGAGGCUACCGACUCGGAGGAGAGUGAAUUUAUGGCAUGCAGCCCCGUGCCGAUAAACCCGGACUGGUGCAAGACGGCCACCGGUCACAUCAAGAGACCAAUGAACGCGUUCAUGGUCUGGUCCAAAAUCGAGAGGAGAAAGAUCAUGGAGCAGUCGCCGGACAUGCACAACGCGGAGAUUUCCAAGCGCCUGGGGAAGAGGUGGAAGAUGCUCAAGGACAGCGAAAAGAUCCCGUUCAUCAGAGAAGCCGAGAGGCUGCGGCUAAAACACAUGGCCGACUACCCCGACUACAAGUACAGACCCAAGAAAAAACCAAAGCUCGACAGUUCGAAAUCUUCGGCGCCGUCUCCGGAGAAGUGCGGUAAAAUCGCAAAGACUCCCAGCAAGAAGUGCUCAAAGAUAAAGACUAAGAGCGGCUCCAAGUCAUCCCACGGCUACGGGGAGGACUGCGUGUUUCCCAGCUUAAAAGUUACAAAGACUGUGAAAAUUGAGCUCACCGACGAGGACGACGACGACGAGUACGAGGAGGACUACCGGAUGGGGAUUAAGGCGAGGGACGAGGAGCGUCUGAGGCCGUACAAUGUAGCCAAAGUUCCCGCGAGCCCAACUUUGAGCUCCUCGGCCGAGUCCGAGGGGACGAGCAUGUACGAAGAAGUGCGGAACAACAACAGACUGUUUUACAAUAUCAAAAACAUUACCAAGCAGAGCACAUUGCACGCUGCUUCCGUCUCACCAGCAUCCUCCAGGUCGGUCUCCACAUCCUCCUCCUCCUCCUCCUCCUCCAGCAGCUCCUCUUCCGGCGAGGACGCGGACGAUUUGCUGUUUGACUUUAGUUUAAAUUUCGCCCCCAGCGCCCCAGGCUCGGAGCUGGGCAACCCCAAUUCAGGAAACCUCUCCCUGUCUCUUGUGGAUAAGGACCUGGACUCUUUCAGCGAGGGCAGCCUGGGCUCUCACUUUGAAUUCCCAGACUAUUGCACGCCAGAACUCAGUGAGAUGAUUGCCGGGGACUGGUUGGAGGCGAACUUUUCCGACCUGGUCUUCACAUACUGAAUUGAAGAAAGAAAAAAAAAAAGUUCCUCUAGUAAUAACAGAGAGGGAAGAAAGUAAAUUAUAUAUGUGUCCUGGUCAAGUUGUCCCUAGCCCUGCCUCCUGUGGGUUUUCUGAAGGGUCCUAGAGGGAAGGUGGAGGACCAGGGAGGCGAGGUGAGGUUUGAGGAAUGAGAUGCUUAUGAAGCUGGUAGCAAAAAAAAAAAAAAAAAAAAAAAAAAGAGCAAAGUCUGCAGACGUUUUUUUUCUGGCAGCAUGACAGGGUUUUAUGGAUUUUUUCCCCCGUAGGUCUGCAUUUACUGUUCAGCUUAAACGGACCACAAAAGGGAAAAAUACGUGAACUUCUAUGCAUCUUAUCCUCUUAAAAAAAACAAAAUAACUGCAGGGAGCUAAAAAAAACGGACUGUGGACAGACUCAAAGCAAAUCUGUGAACUGACAAUUGUUCAGGAUGUUACUUUACAACGGUUUAUGUCAUUUCUAAAUGCCGCAAAAAUGUUUGUUUGUUUUUUUGUAACUGAUUCAGUUUACCUCCUGGUUUGGUAAAUUACGCAGCCUAAACCUCUGCAGAAUAGGCCUACAGGUGUGGAGGAAACAUUUUGAUACAUAACAGACCUCAUCUUUUUAAAAGAAAAGUAAGAUAUUUUCAGGCAUAUUUUUGUACAGUUAAAAGGGAAUGUUCUUACUGUGCUUUCAGUGAGUUUCAGGCACUUCUUCCCUUUAUCAUUUGUUUUUAGCAUGCAAGGGAGUCCUGGUUUUAAGGAUUAAGUUAAAUUAAAACUUGCAUCAAAAAUGCCUUGUGAUUUCAAACUAGGUUUUGUACAGUUGUAGAGCAGAUUUGUUGAGUAUUUGUAGACGAUACAAUGGCAUCAUGGGGAACACAUACCUCAGAGCUGGAACUAGUUUCAAGAUUGUAUAUGUACUGUAAUAUAGUAAAGUUAGGAGUUUAUGUAUAUCAUACUCGUGAUAUGUGGAUGGGUCCCAAUCGCAGGUGUGAAACUGGAUUUUGGUAUUUUUUAUGGCACAUACUGUUUUUCCCCCCUCUCAUUUUUUGUGCAAUAUAUACUCUUAAGAUACAGACCAUCAACAAUUGUAGCAAGCGAUGGAAAAACAGACUUGUGCACUGUCAACAUCAUGUCAUGUUAUGAUGCUGAAGCCUGUCCAGGCAGAAAAAUAAACAAAUCAGCUGGCACUGAUACAAAACUAUAUAAUAUGGCCUCAUGGUGUGAUGCAUACUAUAUAAACAGAUUGAUAUCACAAUUUGAAUGUAAUUUGACACAUAAUGGGCAAAUCUGACACUAAACAGAAUCUGACUGGGGAAAAGGAGUUCUGCAGAAGGGCAUAGUCUGAUACAGUGGUGGUCUGGCAUUCGUUUAACAAGCAAGCAAAAAAGAACAUUCCAUAGUCCUGUUUCAUGUAAUGAAACUUUAUUUUAAAACUGAAGACUGCCUUCUUUUUUUAAAAACAUUAACCAUAAACCUGUAUUUUUUAUUUCUUGCACUUAAAAAAAAGCAGAUAUUGUUUAUUUUUAUGUGGGUUCUACAUAUGAAGUCUGUUUGAUAAAAAGGUUUUGGACUAUGACCUAAUUAUAUGCCAAGACAUUUUGUUUGGAAGUUCUAGGCAGUAGUUACUUCACAUUCCAAGUGUGAAUCUGUCUUUGACUCAUCUUUUAAUAAAUAAGUACCUACCACCAUC